CCCACACUCCGCCCCGCUUGCCCUCUUUCUCCUUCUCUUUCCUUUUCUCUCACAGAACUGACUGCUCUGUGCGUCCGUUGCCAAAAGGUGGGGACACUUCCUGCCGCCUUUGCAACACUGAGAAGUUGUCUUGAGGAGCCUGAGCCCCAAGUCUGAGUUCCAGGCCAGCAAAGUGCAGGCGGGUUGGGGGCGGCCCAGCUGGGGAGACACAGGCUUGCCCUCUCCCCGGGUCUCCAGGCAGCCCUCCCGGUUUGCACCUGACCAUGUCCCUGGCCGAGGCUAUCAGCCUCUGGAAUGAAGGAGUGCUGGCAGCUGACAAGAAGGACUGGAAGGGAGCCCUGGAUGCCUUCACUGGGGUACAGGACCCCCACUCCAGGAUCUGCUUCAAUGUGGGCUGCAUAUACAUGAUUCUGGGGAAACUGCCGGAGGCGGAGAAGGCCUUCACCAAAAGUAUUAACCGAGACAAGCACUUGGCAGUGUCCUACUUCCAACGAGGGAUGCUCUAUUACCAGAUGGAAAAGUAUGAUUCCGCCAUUAAAGACCUUAAGGAGGCUUUGACUCAGCUUCGAGGGAACCAGCUGAUUGACUACAAGAUCCUGGGGCUACAGUUCAAGCUGUUUGCCUGUGAGGUGUUAUAUAACAUUGCUUUCAUGUACGCCAAGAGGGAGGAAUGGAAAAAGGCUGAAGAACAUUUAGUGCUGGCUGUGAGCAUGAAGUCUGAGCCGAGACACUCCAAAAUCGACAGAGCCAUGGAAAGCGUUUGGAAACAGAAGCUGUAUGAGCCAGUGGUGAUCCCUGUGGGCAGGCUCUUUCGGCCCAACGAGAGGCAAGUGGCUCAGCUGGUCAAGAAGGAUUACCUAGGCAAGGCCACGGUGGUGGCCUCUGUGGUAGACCAGGACAGCUUCUCAGGGUUUGCCCCACUGCAGCCGCAGGCAGCUGAGCCUCCACCCAGGCCGAAAACCCCAGAGAUCUUCAGGGCCCUGGAAGGCGAAGCCCACCGAGUGUUGUUUGGGUUUGUGCCUGAGACACCAGAGGAGCUGCAGGUCAUGCCAGGGAACAUCGUCUUUGUCUUGAAGAAGGGCAAUGAUAACUGGGCUACGGUCAUGUUCAACGGGCAGAAGGGGCUUGUUCCCUGCAACUACCUUGAACCAGUUGAGCUGCGGAUCCAUCCUCAGCAGCAGCCCCAGGAAGAAACCUCCCUGGAGUCUGAUAUCCCAGCUCCCCCGAGUUCCAGUGCUCCUGGAAGACCCCAGUUGUCACCAGGUCAGAAAGGAAAAGAAGAGCCCAAGCAGGAAAUCAAGCUCAGUGUCCCCAAGUCCUACACACUCAAGGUGCAUUACAAGUACACGGUGGUCAUGGAGACUCAGUUCAGGCUCCCCUACAGCCAGGUCCGGGACAUGGUGGCUAAGAAGCUGGAUCUCCUGCCGGAACACACUAAGCUGAGCUACCGUCCUCAGGACAGCAAUGAGCUGGUGCCCCUUUCAGAAUUCAGCAUGAAGGAUGCCUGGGCCCAAGUGAAAAACUACUGCCUGACGCUGUGGUGUGAGAACACCGUGCAAACACCUACUGAGAACUUUCUGUGUACCGGACACUGUGCUAAGGGCACUUUGUGUAUUAAUUCUUACAACCUGCAUAACUCUGUGAGGGUGACCAGGGCUUUCCAGAUGAACCCGAAGAAAGCAAAAAAUCUGAUGCUAAUAACCAGACAACAGAACUUGAGCUUAAGGAAGGGAGCAAAGUGGUUGCUCUCUUCAGUUACGAGGCUACCCAGCCAGAAGACCUGGAGUUCCUGGAAGGGGACGUAAUCCUGGUGAUAUCAACGGUGAAUGAAGAAUGGCUGGAAGGGGAGUGCAAAGGGAAGGUUGGCAUUUUCCCCAAAGCUUUUGUUGAACAACAUCCAACUACAGACUUGGAAAGCAUGCCCGGAGGAGUCUAGGAUGUUUCACAACCUACAACGUUGAAGAAAAGGAAGUAUAUUGCUUACAAGAUUUGGCACGCCUCAGCUAUACAUUUGAGAGACACCUCUGGAAGUAUUAAUUCAUCCAUUAAAGUAUUAAUCCAUCAUCAAGUAAUAUUCAUGAAAUAAAUAUUAAUUCAACUCUUCCAUUAAAACUUAACCUAUUAGACAAUGA